AUGACCGAACCUGAGAUUGGCUCGUCUUUCAUCCCCGCUCUUUUCAAGCCAUCAGCUUUACUACCAAUCGCCCAGCAUAGAGAUGUACUGUUGUAUUUAAUAGAGACGUUUCCUGUGACAGUAGUCGUUGGUCAUACAGGUAGUGGAAAAACAACACAAAUACCUCAAUAUCUACAUCAAGCAGGAUGGACUACAAAUGGGAAACAGAUCGCUGUCACUCAGCCUCGGAGGGUAGCUGCAACGUCGGUUGCUAUUCGUGUGGCUGAAGAGAUGCGAUGCGAACUUGGUCACGAUGUGGGUUAUUCGAUUCGCUUUGAGGAUAUGACAUCCCAAUCGACACGCAUCAAGUUUCUGACCGAUGGGAUGCUACUCCGGGAGGCUCUUGUUGACCCUCUUCUCACCAAAUAUUCUGUUAUUAUGGUCGACGAAGCUCACGAGCGAUCUCUCAGCUCAGAUAUGCUUCUUGGGAUUCUGAAGAAGAUUCGCAAGAAGAGACUAGACCUACGACUGAUCAUUAGUAGCGCAACCUUGGAUGCUGAAAGCUUCUUGAACUUCUUCACGAAUGACCUCCCUGUCACUGCAGCGGCAAUGGUACCCGCGGCGGGGGCUGUGCCAGGUGGUGACUUGGGUAAAAUAAUCAGUCUCGAGGGCAAAAGUUAUCAGGUUGAUGUACAAUACCUCGAGGAACCCUCGGAAGACUACGUUGAGACUGCGGUGCAGACAAUCUAUGACAUACACAAGAACGAAAGUGAAGGUGAUAUUCUAGUUUUCCUUACAGGGAGAGAGGAAAUCGAAAGAGUUGUCCAGAAGGUCGCUGAAUACGCCGACACAUUGAAUCCAAACGCACCAGGAUUAUUACCUUGUCCUUUUUAUGCUGGACUUCCGACUGAUCAACAAAUGUACGUCUUUGAGCCUACCCCUGACAAUACCCGCAAAGUCAUUGUGGCAACCAACAUCGCGGAAGCCUCUGUGACCAUCCCUGGUAUCGCAUACGUCAUUGACUGUGGUUUCGUGAAACUGCGUGCUUAUAACCCUACGACCGGUAUUGACACACUCACUGCCACAUCUAUAUCGAAAGCAUCUGCCACCCAGCGUGCUGGUCGCGCCGGGCGCACUAAACCAGGAAAAUGCUUCCGUCUAUAUACUGAAGCGUCCUACAACACCUUACCCGAGGCGACAGUCCCAGAGAUCCAGCGCUCGAACCUCGCGCCCAUAGUACUCCAGCUUAAAGCCCUAGGCAUUGAUAACAUCGUUCGCUUCGAUUUUAUCACACCCCCACCUGCCGAGCUCAUGUUGCGAGCAUUUGAGCUGCUAUACUCUCUGGGUGCUGUCGAUGACUAUGCAAAACUCACACGUCCUCUUGGCAUGCGUAUGGCUGAGCUCGCCGUCGAGCCCAUGCUGGGCAAGGCUCUACUCUCAGCACCAGAUUUCGGCGUGCUCAGUGAGAUGCUCACUAUUGCCGCGAUGCUUAAUCUACAAGGCGGGUGCUGGUUCUGGCAUGAGGGUGAGAAAAAAGCGCAUGAAACGGCACGGCGCAAAUUUGCUGCGGACGAAGGUGAUCAUAUCACGUUACUGAAUGUGUACCAUGCUUUCAUUACCAAGGGAAAGAAGGAUGCAAAAUGGUGCCGGGACAACUACUUAAACUUCAAGGCGAUGAGCCGUGCCGUGAGCGUCAGGAACCAAUUGAGGAAGUAUCUAGAGAAAUUUGGAAUCAAUGUACAGGAGAGCCUUGGGCCUGAGGUUCUGACUGCAGGUGGCAUUGGCAAGCCAGAAAAAAUCCGGCGAUGUCUGACCGCUGGCUACUUUGCCCAGUCAGCAAGAAUGCAGCCGGACGGAACGUUCAGAACGGUUGACGGCGAGACGGUGCUGUAUGCUCACCCAACGUCGUUGAUGUUUAAUCGUAAAGCCGACUGGGUCAUCUUUCAUGAGAUCAUGGAGACUGGUAGUAAGGUAUAUAUUAGGGAUGUCACGAAGAUUGAAAAGAGCUGGUUAACAGAAUAUGCACCAGAAUACUAUCAGAUAGAGAAAGCUCGGCAAAUAAUAUAAGAACUCGAGUGGUAUAAUCUAAGCGUCUUCAUGUAUGUUGGCCCAUCACGUUAGAGACCAAUCUGCGGCUCUACGUACGCUCAUGCAUAGUCCAUACACUACUUUAGUGCAUCAAUAAACAAUUGCCUCAUCUCC